AUGUUGCGAUGGCAUUCGAUCCGUCGAAAACAGCACAAACAACUGCAAGCGGAAUUGUCAAGUGGUGCCGCGAGCAUGCUGUCUGCUCCCGAGUCACGGAGAGUUAGUCGUUCGCAGAGCGUGAAAGCUCCAACUGUUGCUGAAUAUAUGGCAUUGCCAGCACGUGAAAAAAAUCUUUCUCUAUCGGUUUCAAAUUCGAACGGUAUUGAUUUGAAUGAGCCGAUCGCAGCUCUUGGCGGUCUCACACCGACGAAAGAAGGUCGUGUGGCGGCACUUCGUCGCCGGUCAUCGAUGGUUCGAGAUAAAUGGGCCACAAAAAUGGAGUUUUUGCUGGCGGUGAUUGGAUAUGCGGUUGAUUUGGGAAAUAUCUGGAGAUUUCCAUCAGAGUGCUACAAACAUGGCGGAGGAGCAUUCCUGAUUCCUUAUUUGAUUAUGUUGUUGAUAGGCGGACUACCAAUGUUUUAUAUGGAACUUGUACUCGGGCAGUUUCAUCGUUCCGGAUGUAUUUCGAUUUGGAGAAAAGUUUGUCCGAUGUUUAGAGGGAUUGGUUACGGAAUCUGCGUUAUUUGUACAUUUAUCGCAAUUUUCUACAAUGCUAUCAUUGCCCAAGCAGUCUAUUUCACUGUCAGCUCAGUUACCACGGAAGUUCCUUGGAAAAGCUGCAAUAAUUCAUGGAAUACGCCAAGAUGUUCUGAUGAUUUGAAUAUUUCGGUCGCGAAGUCUGGUGAACUCUUAACAACGCCUUCUGAAGAAUAUUAUCUUUAUCAGGUUUUGGAAGUGCAAAAAUCGACCGGAUUCGAUGAUCUUGGUGGUGUGAAGCCUUCAAUGGCCGUCUGCCUUGCUGCAGUUUUCACUAUGGUGUAUUUUGCUUUGUGGAAAGGACCGCAAAGUUCAGGAAAAAUGGUUUGGGUGACUGCGACAGCGCCGUAUGUUAUUCUGACCAUCUUGCUGAUUCGAGGAUUGACGCUUCCUGGAGCUGCCAAGGGAAUUUAUUACUAUUUGAUGCCAGACUUUGAGAAACUCAAAGAGCCAGCUGUGUGGUCGGCUGCAGCUACUCAGAUUUUUUUUUCUCUUGGUCCUGGAUUUGGAGUCUUACUUGCGCUCAGCAGCUACAAUGAUUUCAAUAACAAUUGCUAUCGUGACGCUGUUGUCACUUCUAUAAUUAACUGUGGCACCUCGUUCUUCUCCGGAUGUGUGGUUUUCUGUACACUUGGAUACAUGGCAGUCCUGACCAACAAGGAAGUUAAGGACGUUAUCGGAGAUCACGAUUCCUCACUUAUCUUUAUUGUAUACCCACAAGCUCUCGCCACGAUGAGUUACAGUAGCGUUUGGUCUUUCAUUUUCUUUGUGAUGCUUAUCACACUCGGUAUUGAUUCGACGUUUGCUGGAAUUGAAGCAUUAAUAACUGGAUUUUGCGAUGAAAGUCGAUUUUUGUCAAAAAAUCGUAAAUGGUUUGUCCUCGGAAUCUGUAUAAUGUACUACUUCGGAAGUUUCCCAGCAAUUAGCUAUGGUGGUCAAUACGUGAUCCCAUUUUUAGACGAAUAUGGUGUUUCCCUUUCAGUUUUGUUUGUGGUAACCUGCGAAACUACAGCGGUGUGCUGGUUUUAUGGAAUUGACCAGUUUUCAAAAGAUAUAAGGGCAAUGCUUGGAUUUUAUCCAGGAAUAUAUUGGAGAAUCUGCUGGACCUGUUCGCCAAUUUUUAUAUCGAUUAUAUUCCUUAUGACUGUUUAUAACAGCUCAUUUAUGCCGAUACAAUUGCCGAAUUACACAUUUCCGUGGUGGAGUGUAAUACUUGGAUGGCUCAUUCGGCUACUUUCCGUUCUCGCUGUCCCAAUUUUUGCCAUUUAUAGCAUCUGUGUUGCUAAAGGAACGUUUUCACAGCGUCUUCGUUACGUUACUACACCGCAACCUCGCCGAAAUUCUCUGACUUCGUUAGCUGCUGAUCCAUCGCAAAUUAUCGACAGUUCAUUAUUAGAUCCCGUUAAUACCUUGACUCCUGUUUAA